AUGGAAACAGCUUCAGCACCUCGUUGUAGCGGACGUCUCUCACACGUCAACCAUCUCCCCCAUUCUUCAAGGUCUGACUUAGCGGGGGACAAUACACUAGUGGAGAUGGAUUGCGAUGCCGUUCCCGCGACUGAUGGGGAGCACCUCAAUGUCGCUGCAUACAGAUAUCUUUACUCCUUGUACAACACGUCUGGCCACCGCCUUUGCGCAUUUCCAAUGAUGGACGAUGCUCCUGACGACAGAAGCCCGAACAUCGACCAAAUCGAUGUGAUGGGCCUAUUCAAACCCAAACCCAACCUCGCUCCCAAACUUCAUCAUGCCCGCGUCACGGUCGAGGGCACAAAUAUUGUCAUCAUCAGCUAUAGUGAACCGACCAUGGCAGUAAACCAAACUCUGCUCAAGGUCAAACUGAGUACACCCUGGCGCGGAGAGCUGGCGGUGUUCCAAAUUGGAACCAGGGUUCCGGUUCUUUCUCGUCCUACUGCCAGAAAGAAGACCUUCGAGUUAGCCAUUCAACUUUACCUAUCAAGGGUCACCGAGGCCGUCGACACCGGAUAUCCUCCUCCAGAGAUGAUCCUGAACUGCAAUGCAGGCACGCUCAUUGGCCACAUCGAAAAGAUAAUUGAUACAGGUCAGCUAAGAUCUGUCCAGAUUGUCAAGACUUGUGACCAGCCUGUGAAACACUCUUCAACUCUGUUCCCUGAUACAUAUCCUCCCAAUCCAUAUGUAAGCUCAGUGAACUUGGAAAAUCUCUCAAUCUCGCACAGCAACGCGGCCAGUCCGGAGAUAAGCUCUAUGAACCUUUCUCGUGAUGAGAAUGUCAACGGCUAUGGUCAUGAUGCUCACUCUAACACGCAUCAAUCUACGUUCGGCAAUCCAUCAUUCCCAGUCCCGACCUCUACUCUUGCUCGGCCGUCAUGCCUAUCUCCUGUCAACCCUCACAUGGAUGAUCAACCUCUACCAGCCAUGUCACCCACUGGACCGCAUCCAAUGAACGUUGAUGACAUGGAGCCUUCUGUGUUUCCAGCAGAAUACAUGCCCGCUACACCGCCCUCCACUAGGCGUCCCGCAAAUAGGCGUCCCUCCAAUAUCUACGACGAUUCCGGCCCAGACGGAUUCCAACUGUCCAUAUGGCCAACACAACACUUUGAUGCCUUUGACAACGGAUCAUCUUUUGCUCAAAGGGAUGAUGAGAAGGAAGAAAAGGAGGAGGAGGAGGAGGAGGAGGAGGAGGAGGAGGAGGAGGAGGAGAAUAAGGGGUGGGAUGAUAAUGAGGAGAAUUUUGAAUAUGGAGGCGAUGAUGAGGAUGACAGGGAAGACGAGGCUGAAGACGGAAUCGCUCAACUAUGGAGAAAAUUACAAGAAAUGGAAGAGCGUCUGAACGCAAACUUAACCAAUGGUUUAUCAAACUUGGCCUCCUCCUUCACCUCACUCCCGAGCGCAGUACAGCCAAAGCCCCAACGGGGUCCCAAGAUGACAACCGGUAUCCGAAUUCGAUCCCCACACUCCAUUGCUAUGGCGCCAUAG